UUGGUUUUUCUUUCUCUUUCGUCCUUUCCCAAUGCGUUCUCUUCUAGGUUCGUUCGAUUCGGUCAUGGACGCCUCAGAGUUUGAGAAUGUCCUCGCAGCAUUUGCAGAUGCUCUCCCCCGCCAAUUAGAUGACCAGCAACGUCAAAGAAUUGUAGGGGCCUGUGACAGGAUCAAAGAGCAGCUCGAAACCCCUUUGGAGACUACUGGGCGGCUCAUGUUAGGAGGAUAUGAAGGGGUAGUAUUGCGCCUUGCGGUUGACAUGAAACUUAUCGAUACCGCAGUGUCUGCUCAAGCGCCGGUGACUGCACAAGCAUUAGCAGAACAGUCUGGAGCGGACAUCAUCCUCGUGCAGCGCCUCAUGAGGAUGCUAGUUGCUAUGAGCUUCUUCGAGGAGGCUCAAGCAGGCUUUGUCCCAAAGCCUCAUGCGCGCGCAUACGUCAGUGGUUCUCCGCUGCGCGAGGCGGUUAUCCAUCUCUCCUCAAAGCUCCCAACUAUCGCUUUCCUGCCCGACUACUUCGCCGAGAACGGAUACCACAAUCCCAACGACGCUUUCAACGGGCCCUUCCAGUAUGCCCACGCUACCGACAAACACUACUUCAACUGGCUCUCCACCAAACCCCACCUGCAGCAAGCCUUCAACGCCACGAUGAGUCUAGCCCCGAUCCAGCGCGGAGAGCAGUGGUUCGAGUUCUACCCCGUCCGCGAGCGACUACGUGUCACGUCGCCUUCGGACAUUCUACUCGUCGACAUAGGCGGCGGCAUCGGCCACGACAUCGCCAAAUUCUGCGCCGCCUUCCCGGACCUGCCGGGUCGCCUCGUCCUGCAAGACGCGCCAGCAGUCCUUCAGCAAGCCGAGCUCCCCUCCGCCAUCGAAGCUAUCGCGCACGACUUCUUCAAGCCGCAGCCGACCCAGUUCCAGAACGCGAAGGCGUACUACCUCCGUACCGUGCUGCACGACUGGCCCGAUAAGCAGGCUGCCGUCAUCUUGGGCCACAUCCGCGAUGCGAUGUCUGAAGACUCGGUGCUGUUGAUCAAUGAGAGUGUGCUGCCGGAAAGCGAUGUGUCGUUGUAUCAAUGCAAGAUGGACUUGAAUAUGAUGGGGAGUUACUCUUCGCUUGAGCGGACGGUGGCGCAGUUUAGGAAGCUGCUGGAGAGUUGUGGGUUUGCGCUUGCGGGGACUUGGAGGCCGCGGGUGAUGGUGCCGGGGUCGGGGGUGUUGUUGGAAGCUGUUGUGAAGCGGACUUUGGGGAUGGAGGGCUGUGAAUGACAUGGUUGUGCUGUGUGAAGAUCGGGAAGGUACGAGGUCACCACCUUCGUCUACUUAAAAAUUUUUUUUUCGCAAUAG